AUGACGAGCACACUACCAACUUUGGCCAUUCCAGGCCAGCGCCUGGCCCCUGUGAGCUCUUACGCCGCAGGCCCCGGUACUCAUGUGCAGAAUGCGAACAUCUACGCCUCCAUCGCCGGUCCCGUUCUCGUCAACCCCGCCAGCUCCAAAACCGCCAAGUCCACUCUGAGCGUCUCUCGCAGCCCCCUCCGCAAAGCUGCUCCUUCUGCCUCUCCGUCCGCACCAAAGUCCACCGCUCCCGGCCCCUCCAAACCACGGUACAACACUCUCCCCGCCGUCGACUCGAUUGUGCUCGCGCGCGUGACGCGCGUGCAGAAGCGACAGGCCACGGUCUCCAUCCUCGUCGUGCUCGACGAGUCAGCCAGCAACAAUAAGUCAGGACCGCAGCCCACCACCACGACGACAACCCCCACCGGCGGUUCUUCGGACAACGACAACAUCGAAGCGAUCCUCUCCUCCGCCGCCAACCCGGAGAACCACAGCAACUCGGACGAACUGCGGUUCCAGGCGCUCAUUCGCAAGGAGGACGUCCGGGCUGUCGAGAAGGACCGCGUGGUCAUGGACGAGAUGUUCCGCGUGGGGGACAUCGUGCGUGGCACUGUGAUUUCCCUGGGCGACCAGAGCUUCUAUUACCUCACGACGGCGCGCAACGACCUCGGGGUGGUGAUGGCGCGCAGCGAGGCGGGCAAUAUGAUGUUCCCUGUUAGUUGGAAGGAGAUGCGGGAUCCUGUCACGGGAGCCGCGGAGCUGAGGAAGGUUGCGCGGCCGUUUUGA